GUAUAAAGGGGAGCAUGUGAACAGGGAAAUCUGAGGGGAAAGGCACAGACAGAAAAAGGUUCUGGCUGUCACCUUUAAAGACGACGUCUUCUCUCUGCUCUUCUUUCUUUUGUUGUCUUGUUUCAUUGCAAACAUCAAUCAGUAAGGCUGAGAUUGUUUAGCGCCUGACGUCAUUUCUUAUACUAUUAUAUUACCUGUAUACGCCUCCCACCAAAAAAAAAAAACAACGCUUUUUGAAGAAGCUUCCUAUAUAGUUAUGGCUCUUUUAUUUUUGAAGCAGAAGCUCUUCCCGAAAAGGGAGAGACAAGAUGGGUUUGGGUUUCUUUCAUCAGACAAUCCUGGAAAACCUCUUCUAUCCCCGGUGGAAACCCACGACGAUAUUAUGCGGACCGAUAUCUUCCCCGAUCCGCAUCAUAACCAUGACCUGGAGGCUCAGUUACCCAGGUCCUACCACACAUUCCAACACCACAUUCCCCCUUCAGAAGACGAUUCCGUCACCACCAGUAGCUCUAGCUGUAGCUCCCGAUCACGUAUCAACCCUCGCAUCAUAUCGGAUGCUAUCCUGGGCUUGUCUGAUGGGUUGACGGUCCCUUUUGCGCUGAGCGCAGGCUUGUCUGCAUUGGGCAAUACCAAAGUCGUGGUUCUGGGUGGAUUGGCUGAGUUGACCGCCGGCGCCAUCUCGAUGGGAUUAGGUGGAUACGUCGGAGCGAAGAGCGAAGCAGAAUCAUAUGAAACAACCGUCCGAGAAGCAAACGAACUCAUCGCCACAUCAUCGAGCGAAACGGCUGCCAUCGUCUACAGUACAUUCUCCAAAUACGGAAUAUCCGACGACGCGAUCAGCGAGAUCAACUCCUCUCUCCACUCCUCUAAAGAGCAGCUCCUUGACUUCCUCAUCACCUUCCACCAUAGGGAAUCCAAGCCUGACUGUAACCAGGCAUGGAUAUCGGCCAUCACGCUCGCGAUCGGGUACUUCGUUGGCGGGUUUAUCCCGCUCAUCCCGUACUUCUUUCUCGACAAGGUCAUCGUGGCGCUCUACUGGAGCAUCGGUGUGAUGGGGGUGACGCUGUUCGCGUUCGGAUACAUCAAGACGUGCAUUGUCCGUGGAUGGGCCGGAAGAGAACACACCAUCGCGGGCCUCAAAGGAGGUGUCCAGAUGUGCGUGGUUGGUGGUGUUGCGGCGGGGGCAGCUAUUGCUCUUGUGUGGUUGAUUGAUGGUGCCGGCGCCAAUUGAAGAUUUGGCUCGACUAUAUUAAUAUUUGCAUAGCAUGGCGUUGGUGCUGAUUUUUGUUUUAGCGAGGGAUAUCCAUGGGUAUUUGCGAUAGAGAAAAGGAAAGGGUUAGGUCACCUGGUUAAUUCAUACCUUAAUAAAUCUCCCAUUUACUGGAUGAUACCACAAGUCCAAAGUAUUGUUGGAUGAAUGUUUUAAACACCACUAACAGCCCUCUCAACCAGCCGCCUUACAUCCCCCUCCAUCUCGAUCUUCAAUGCCAUCUCCCUCCCACCAGGCGACAUCUUAGCCCACGUCUUCCUCAAAAUCCCCACAACCUUCUCUUCCUCAUAACCCCUUCGAAACUCCUCUAGCUGCUCCUCCAAAAACACCAAACACGCCACAUCCUCCAGCGUCUGCGUAUCGGCAUCCGUCUUCAACCCCUCCUUCCGAAUCAGCGCACUCACCCUCUCCGCCUCCGCAACCGAAUACCCAGCCUCAAGACAUAUCUUCUCUGCAAUCUCACCCUGGCGUUUGGCGAGGUAUCCUCGCCAGGCGUAGUAGCCGGGUUUCGUUGAAGGGUAGGAGCUGCGAGGGACUUCCCAGCGGCGGAGGUGUUGCGCGCGGAUGGCGAGUUGGAGGGUUUCUGGGGCCGAGGGACGGAGGAAGUUUAGGUAUUUUGUCAUUUGGUGGGCAUAGUGGAGUUCGUAGGGGAUUGUCUUGGUUUCAUUGGUAUUGGUGUUGACGGUGGUGAGGGUUGGGUCUCGGGAGUGGGCUUCAUCGAUUAGACGGAGGGCGGUUUCGAAUUUUGACAUUUUCUUUCUUUUUUUUUUCCCUUGUGAUGGCUGGGGUGGUUCUUAUGUGGAAUAUACGAGUAGGUGCUCUGUCGAUAAUAAGUGUCGAGGACUGAGCAGUGAGGAUGGGAUAUAUGCGUCUAGGGUUAGUACUAGCCAAGUCUUCAGAUUAUAAUUGUGCCCACACCGCCUACCUAUACACGGGUAGGCAGUAAUGGAGGCAUA